AGCCUGUGCACACAGUGCUGAAGUCUGCAAACCUUCGCUUACUCCGCUGUCUGUCAGUUCACAUAACUUUCCUCAGCAAGUUUUCACAUUGUUUUAUGUACUUUUUCCUGAAUAAGUUGCUACUGUCUUCUCUUUUGUUCCUGUAGUAAACGAACGUGGGUCUUGUGCUGCCUGUGUGAUUUGGCUUGGGUCAAAGGGCGGCCGCUGCCAGUACAUAUUUAGUGAUGUAUUAAAUGAACUGAGGAGGUGCUGCUGCUGGGAGGCUUCUGUGGCAGAGCGGGGCAGCAGAGUUUCAGGAACUUACUUAGAACUAUUACUGCUAGCAAUUGGUCUUAUUUAUUGAACAACAGGAUGGCUGCGAUGGCAUGCGUUUUGUAUGACUUUGAUGCUGAACCUGGAAACGAUGAACUCUCAGUCAAGGAAGGCGAGAUUAUUACAGUUACUAAUCCGGAUGUGGGCGGAGGAUGGCUGGAAGCAAAAAAUGGCCAAGGAAAGAGAGGUCUCGUUCCAACAGACUAUGUUGAGAUGGUUUCAGACCCCACUAUUGGCACAUCUGCUGAUCUUGCCUUUUUGGAUGCGUUAUCUGGAUCCUCAUCACAAAGUAAUGCUUUUCCUGUUAACAGUUCUGCUCCCCAGACCAACAGCACAAAUGAUCCUUGGUCAGCACUGAAUGCGGCUUCAUCUGGAAAUCGGGGUACCUCUCCAUCCGUUGAUGCCUGGGGAGGCAAGCAGGAGAAUGCUUUUGGACAAAAAAGCAAUGCCUCAGACAACUGGGAUAUGGGAGGUUACGGCCACCCUCAAGCCUAUCAAGGUCCAGGUGGUGUUGAAGAUGAUGACUGGGACGAUGACUGGGAUGAACCCAAAACAUCUUCUGAUGGUGGUAACAGGGAGUCAGAGGCUUCAGAAGCAGGGGCUCUGAAUCGAGGUGCUGCCCGAGGCACUUCAAUGAAAAUACCGCUAAACAAAUUUCCAGGUUUUUCCAAAUCCGGUGUUGAACUUUUUCUCUUGUCAAAGCAGCCAGUGAAAGCCAAAGAACGGUUUUCUAUCAUUAUAGGAGAAGCUGGCCCAAUGUGGGUAUAUUCCAAUUCAGCUUUGGACUGUGUUGUAGCAGAUCCCAGGAAAGGAUCCAAAAUGUAUGGCUUGAAAAGCUACAUAGAGUACCAAUUAACACCAAAUACAACCAACAAACCUGUCAAUCACAGAUAUAAGCACUUUGAUUGGCUAUAUGAGCGACUUCUAGUCAAGUUUGGAUCAGCUAUUCCAAUUCCAUCACUUCCAGACAAACAAGUUACAGGCCGUUUUGAAGAAGAAUUUAUUAAGAUGCGAAUGGAGAGGCUUCAGGGAUGGAUGACAAGAAUGUGUCGGCACCCUUUAGUGUCAGAAUGUGAAGUUUUCCAGCAAUUUCUAAGUUUCCGGGAUGAGAAGGAGUGGAAGACUGGUAAAAGAAAAGCAGAAAAGGAUGAAGCAGUUGGUGUAAUGAUCUUCUCCACCAUUGAACCAGAUGCUCCUGAUCUGGACUUUGCAGAAAUAGAACUUAAGUGUGAGUCUGUUAACAAGUUCACCAAAUCUAUGGAUGAUGGUGUUAAGGAUCUUCUUAAUGUUGGACAAGAGCAUUGGAAACGAUGUACUAUAGCAUUACCAAAGGAGUAUCAGAAAAUAGGAAAAGCCUUGCAGAAUUUGUCACAAGUGUUUAGUACCAGUGGAUACCAAGGUGAAUCAGUCCUGACAGAUGCCUUAACGGAAGCAGGAAAAACAUAUGAAGAAAUUGCCACUUUAUAUGAAGAACAGCCAAAGAAAGACCUCCAUUUUCUUAUGGAAACCAACCAUGAGUAUAAAGGAUUUCUAGGAUGUUUCCCUGAAAUUAUUGGUGUACACAAGGGAGCAAUAGACAAGGUCAAAGAAGGUGAUAAAUUGGUUGCUGCAAGUAAAAUAACACAGCAGGAAAAGAAUACCAUGCUAAAACGAGCAAGUGUUAUGUCUUACUCACUUCAAGCUGAAAUGAAUCAUUUUCAUAGUAACCGAAUCUAUGACUACAACACUGUGAUGCAGCUGUAUCUACAGCAACAAGUUCAAUUUUAUGAAAUGAGCCCCUCAGUAGUAGGUCGCUACAGUUAG